AUGAAGACAUUUGUUUUGCGCUCAGGUAGCUGGUUCUGGUGGCUGUUCUCGUCGCGGUCUUUGGCACAGCCGUCACCGCCGAGACAAUUACCCGGGCACAUGCUGUCGGGCAGAUUGCAGGUCCCCGCCCCGCUCCUGUCGACGCACUGCCAUCUGGCCCCGGCGAGGUGUUCGCAGGUCGGGCUUCUCCACGGACCCACGCACCUGUCAGUCAGCCGCCGCAGGAGACCGCCACGGUGCGACCUUCGGGACCGAGGCCGACACCGGGACCAGGCAUCGGAAGAGACGCGGGGUCUGAUCCGAGCAGGGAACACCACAUGA